AAUCUGACAGUUCACAAAUAAUAACAAAGUGAAAUAAUUUUUCAUUCUUUUGUUUUUGGAAAUUUGUGACUGUCUUAUGUGUUUCAAAAAUUUCAAGUUGAAGAUACCCCAUAAUAUAAAUCAUGGAAAAUAAAGCUCUGACUCACAACACUGGUGAUUAUUCAGAUGAAAAUAUUGAUAACAAGUGUGUGCAGGAUAUCCUGAAUACUUUCAAAGAUUUGAGGGAGUAUUCUCAGGAUGUUGAAAAACAAUUGUCUGCUGUACGCCAAGAAUCUCUGGUGGAUCACAUCGCAGAAAGUAAAAAUAUAGCACAUUUACACCGACAGAUAUCUAGCUGUGAUGAUAUCCUUAAGCGUAUGGAAAGCAUGUUGAUGAACUUCCAGAGUGAUCUGGGAAAUAUAAGCUCUGAAAUAGUAUCCCUCCAACGUAAAUCUAUUACUAUGAGCCAAGAACUAAGUAACAGACAAAGUAUAAGAGGACAAUUGAGCCAGUUUAUAGACGAUAUGAUGGUUCCAGAAACCCUAAUAACGUCUAUCAUGGAUUUGUCUGUUACUGACAAGAACUUCUUGAGUCAACUUCAACUGUUGAACCAUAAAUUAGGAUUUGUUAAAGAACAGGGUUUCAAAGAAUCAAUAUCUUGUCUGGAUGUUCGGGAUAUUCUUGAGAAGUUAAAAAUAAAAGCAAUGUCAAAAAUUCGUGAGUACUUAUUGGAGCAGAUUUAUAAAUUCAGGAAACCCUUAGGGAACUACCAAGUACCCCAGAACAAUAUGCUGAAAUAUAAAUAUUUCUAUGAAUUUAUUUUGUCCAAUGAGAGAAAUGUGGCACAGGAGAUUUAUAAGGAAUAUGUAGAUACAAUGAGCAAAAUUUAUUUCUCAUACUUCAAAUCCUACAAUAAUAGAAUAAUGAAAUUACAAUAUGAAGAGUGUGUUACAAAAGAUGACCUCAUGGGAAUUGAGGACACAGCAUCUAGAGGUAUAUUCAAUAAAUCUUUGAGGAAUAAAGGUACUAUUUUCACAAUAGGAAGUAGGGGUGUUGUUUUAGCACAACAGCUUGAAGCUCCUAUCAUAGUACCACAUGCUCAAGUGAAAAACAAAUUUCCUUACGAGGCAUUAUUUAGAAGUGAGCAAUAUGCUCUAGUUGACAAUGCUUGUAGGGAGUAUUUAUUCAUUUGUGAGUUUUUUAUGUUGAAGGGGCAACAAGCUUUAGAAGCUUUCAAUGAAAUUAUGGGAAAGACAACAGGUCUGAUCAGGAAAAAUGUUGAAUCUUAUGUGGAUACUUGCUAUGACUCCAUAGCAUUGUUCUUAUGUUAUCAUCUUAUUUUACGUUACAAAAUAAUGUGUCAUAAAAGGUGUGUCCCUGCUUUGGAUUACUACUGGGAAAAUUUAGAAAAAUGUUUGUUGGCGAGAUUUGAAUAUGUUUGCCAUCUUAAUAUUCAAAGUAUUAGAGAUUGCGAUCCUUCCAAAUUCCAGCCAGAAAUGGGACCUCACUACAUCACAAGACGCUAUGCAGAAUUUAGCGCCGCUUUGGUGGGAAUUAGCGAAAACUUUCCAAAUGAACUGAUAAAUAGACUUUUAGCAGAGCUGCAAGAAGAAGUCGAGCUAUUUAUUUUGCGAAUGGCAGGGAUAUUCCCCCAAAGAAAAGAACAGCUAAUUUUCCUCAUCAAUAAUUAUGAUAUGAUUUUAAAUAUAAUUUUGGAACAUACCAGAGAUAAUUCUAAGGAAGUUGAAACUUUCAAACAAAGAUUAUCUGCUAAAAGUGGUGAGUAUGUCGAAGAAAUUCUGAGUCCCUACUUUGGAAGCAUGAUAGAACAUGUUAGAGAAGCGGAAGGUUUUCUACAUAAAGGAAAAGUAGAUCAGUACAAGGCUCUGGAAUCAAGAGUUGGUGGAAUAGUUCAACAUUUCUCCCAAAGCUGGAAAAAAUCACUAGAAGAACUAAACAGAGAAGUGCUGAUUUCAUUUCCCAACCUUGUCACAGGAUCUAGCCUGCUUCAGUUGGCCUUAACUCAGUUAGUUCAGUAUUAUCACAGAUUUCAUAAGUUAUUACCCCAAAGUGCUAGGUCCCAGUUAGUGAAUAUACACAAUAUUAUGAUAGAAAUGAAAAAAUAUAAGAUUAAUUAUUGAAAAAACAUACUUGUUGUGAGUCGGAUGAAAAAGGUACUUCAAUUUUACAUUCCAAAAUUUAUAUUGAUGGUGCAAUAUCAUGAAAUUGAAUAAUAUAUAUUAUUUAUUAAAGUUAAAAGCAGUA